GAUACGGAGACCGUGGAGCAGGCAGCUCCAUCCCAGGAGGGGCUACUCUGGUGUUUGACGUGGAGCUUCUCCAGAUUUCCGGGCCGCGAGCCGCUGCCGCCCGUGCUGCGUCCGCCGCUGCCGGCAAGGAAGAGCUCUGAGCAGCCAUGGACCUCUCGAUGACCCAACUGUACUGCCUCAUGGCCUUCUCUUCACUCGUGUCCGUGAUCCAUCAAUCAAAAGCCAAGAUGGCAAAGGCCGUACCUUCUCUUCUACAAAAAGGGGACUGUGACCUGAAUGAAGCGCGGAGGCACUUAUCUGCCGCCCUACUGUGCCGUAUAGCCGGUCGGGGCCGGGUCCGGAGAAAGGAAGUAAAGAGGUUUGGAUGGCGACAAGGAGGCUCUUGAAAUCCGUGACGGUCCUGAGCUGGUCUCUUCUUGGCUGAUAUACUUCAUCACCCUCCUGAUCUCAGUACUUUCCCGUCAUUGUUACGUC